AUGGAUAAAAACAAUCGAAAAAGUUCCCAGGAUUUGCUGUCAUGUGGCAGCACUGGAAGUUUGGCUCAGAAGCUACUCAUAAAACCAUCAGCGCGCUUAAAGACGGAGAGAGUACCACAAAGCAGUGUGUUGGAUCGGCUACAGAGCUUCCUCCCGCAGAUCGCUGAAGCCAAUCAAAAGCUAAAGCAGCAGAUGGAAGAAACUCCUGCGGGACAUUUCAACAUCGAGGAAGUCGAGUCAGCAGAGAAAGUGAUUGAAAUGGACAUCGCAUUUGUCGAGUUAAGCGCAUCUGACAGUGAAUCCGAGGAGGACCUUGAAGAGUCUUCGGACUCGGACGUGGACGAAUCGGAGGUUGUUUUAACAGAGCGAAGACUGAAACUACCGGGACACAAAGGGAAGAAGGAAAACAUCGACAUCCAAGUUAUGGAUCAGCUUGGGAAAUAG